AGCUGGCAUUCCACUAACUCCCGCACACACCCCCACGCCAGUGUAAGUCAAGAGCAGAGUGCGCGACAAAGACAAAUCAGGCCGGAUCAAACUACCCAGAGUGACCUCUUCCUUUCAGAAGAUACAGGUAGAACCCAAGACACACUGAGCACCGCUGGAAUUCUCAUUUCAGCCAUCAUGUCACAGUUCAGCACUCUUUCAGUACGUGAGAGGAAGAUGCAGGCAGCAGCCCUUUGCCAUGAGGUCCAUGGUGGUGCCAACGGUGUUACUAUGGACCUGGGGAAGAAACUUUCUACUCCAAAAGACAUCAUGCUGGAGGAGCUCUCUCUCCUGUCGAACCGAGGAUCUCGCCUUUUUAAGAUGCGACAGCGGAGAUCAGAGAAAUACACGUUUGAAAGUAUACAGAAUGAAGCCAAUGCUGUUUUUCACAAUGAAAAUCAAGCCAAUGCUGAAAACUCUGCAAGUAAAGGAGUAGCAUCAAAAACACCACCAAACACACCAGAUCCCAGAAACCCUGCGAAUCCUGAGGACAUUGCACCUGGAUAUGGAGGCCCCUUGACAAACAUACCUCCAGAGAAGUUCAAUGCCACAGCCACGCCCAAAUCCUACCACUCACCCUGGGAAGAGGCCAUCAUCAAUGAUCCUACACUUGCCGACUCAAUCAAAAUUCACAUGCCUGUGCCUGAGCCUAAACCAGAGAUGCCUGACUACAAAAGCUUUAAUAGGGUGGCUACACCAUUUGGUGGUUUUGAAAAAGCCCCACGAGGGAUCACUUUUAAGCUUCCAGAGGUGGACUUGAAUGCCCCCAGAUACCCAGAGCUCCAGGAUCCUACAGCCAAGCGGCCCACUUUCAACAGGACCGCCCAGGGGUGGAUCUCAGAAGGCCUGCCUCUUAUUUUACCCACUGUCUCUCUGGAGCCUUUCGAGAUACCUGAGUCUGACGAUCUGUAACAUGGAUUCCACACCAUCCUUUCUCCUAAUCCCAAACUGCCUGAUUGUAGUAGAGGGUAUGGUAGUUGUCAUCCAAAGCUACUGAUUGUAGAACAGCUUUGUGUUUUAUUUCUUUUCUUUGUAUGUUAAAGUAAAUUUGCGACUGCUGUUCUUGGAACAGCACUUUCCACAUAUCAUUUUAGAGUGGAUGCCUCUGAGAAUCAGAAAUUAGAGGGAUAGUUCAGCCAAAAAUGAAAAUUCUCUCAUUUUUUACUCACCCUCAUGCCAUCCCAGAUGUGUAUGACUUUCUUUCUUCUGCAGAACACAAAUUAAGAUUUUUAGAAGAAUAUUUCAGCUCUGUAUUUUGAAGUUUGAAAAAGCACAUAAAGGCAGCACAGAAGUAAUCCAUACGACUCCAGUGGUUUAAUCCAUGUCUUCAGAAAUGAUAUGAUAGGUGUGAGUGAGAAACAGAUCAAUAUUUAAGUCCGUUAUAUACUAUAAAUCUCCACUUUCACUUUCACAUUCUUCUUCUUGUGUUUUUGCCGAUUCAGAUCUUUGUGCAUAUCGCCACCAACUGGGCAGGGAGGAGAAUUUAAUAUUAAAUACUGACACCUACUGUAUCAUAACUUCUGAAGACAUGGAUUAAAAAAGAAGGGGGCAGUGGUGGCUCAGCAGUUAAGGCUCUGGGUUACUGAUCAGAAGGUGAGGGGUUCAAGCCCCAGCACUGCCAAGAUGCCACUGUUGGGCCCUUGAGCAAGGCCCUUGACCCUAUCUGCUCCAGGGGCACCAUAUCAUGGCUGACCCUGUGCUCUGACCCCAGCUUAGCUGGGAUAUGUGAAAAAAAGAAUUUCACUGUAUAUGUGCAAAAUGUGUGAUAAAUAAAUACAGUUAAAUAUAAUAAACCACUGGAGUCAUAUGGGUUACCUUUAUGUGCUUUUUGGAGUUUCAAAGUUCUGGUCACCAUUCACUUGCAUUGUAUGGACCUACAGAGCUGAAAUAUUCUUCUAAAAAUCUUCAUUUGUGUUCUGCAGAAGAAAGAAAGUCAUACACAUCUGGGAUGGCAUGAGGGUGAGCAAAUGAUGAAUUUUUAUUUUAGGGUGAACUAUCCCUUUAAGGAUCAAGAGGGUAUUAAACAAAACCUUAUGUGAGGCACCAUUCAUAAUCAUCAUCAGAAUUAAUAAAAACAUAGCAUUGUAAUUGAUUGGUAACAUAGUUCUGUUUAAGAAUAUCACCAAACAAUCAUGACAACAUUAUGUGUAAUUGUUUCAUAAUUUAAGUAACAGACUUAGAGUAAUACAAUGCUGAUUAACAUCAAAAGCAAAAGCAUAAAUUAAUUAUGAAUAUGCAACCUUAAUUAAUAAAUUAUUUAUUUUUGGCCUAGACUCUAACCUUACAUUAUUUGCAACAUGCAUCUAAAACAGUAAGCAUAUAGAGAGUAUAAGGAUAUACUGUAGGUGUGUUUUGUUUUUUUUGUUUUUGUUUUUUUUGGAGUGCAAUGAUUUAAUUUUUUGAUACAUCCAGGGUGUGGCAGAGGUUUGUUUUAUGCAUGGUCAUACUGUGAAACAUAACCAGUUUCCUAAGGUUGUCUUGAUCUUUAUCAGUAAUAUGUUCAGUACAGUAUCAAAUAAUACUGAGGUUAUAAUUCUUCACUUUGUGAUGAAACGAUUUUGCGCUCUUCACUACAGUUAAGGCUCCAUCACAAAAACUCACAAACUUUUAUAUAUUUACAGUAAAAUCUGAAAUCAAAUUUAUAAGGAUCGAUCAAACAGUGGAAACAGCCAUGUGAAUAUAAUGUGACGAGUGCCUGAAAUCCUGUUUGUACCGUAAAAAUAUUAAUUGUAUUUUUUCUCUUUUGGCAAAUGUUUAACAUUAUAUUCAUAUUGUUUGAACCUUUCAUUUAAUUGUAGUCACAAUAAGUAGUGUACUAUCAAAACUGUGCAAAUAAAAUGCAUAUUUAUGUCA